AUGAAUUCAUCCAAAGAGAACAUCGCUAGACCUAGAAGCAAUCUCGGUGUAAGAACUGACUGGCGCACGCGGCCUGUGUCCCCAUCAAAUGGCAGUAACAGCAGCAGCGGUAUGACAGAUUACAAACGAAGUAUCAGCCCUAUUCCAGACAGCCUUUCCAGUGCUGGAUCAGAUUCUCGUCAAAGCAGUAAAUAUGGCCGUAGACCUAUUCCUACUAGCACGACAUCAUCGUCUUCAGGUGCUGGACAAUCUGUCGCAGCUUUGCAACAACAUCAUCAAUGGCUUAUGCAACAGCAGGACACCAAUGUAGCACCCUCGUCUAACUCACACAACAGCUAUCGGUCGGUGUCUCCCGCUCCUCGCUCUGCAAGAUCCAUGGAUGGAGCCAAUGCUAGACAGGUUAAUAAGCAGCCACAGUACGUUGCUGCAGCUCCUGUAGCAACUACUAAUGAGGACGAAGAUGUCAUUUUUGAUGAGGUAGAUGAUGAGGAUGAGGGUGAUGAUGUGGAAGAAGAGCGCAUGGUCAUCAUUCAAGACGUGAGAGCUCGAUCUCCUAGUAUCAAUAGAGGAUCUGGUGGCUCCAUCAUGUCAGUGCAACCUGCACCUAGUUUCUAUCAUACAUCCCCUGCUGGGCCGCAAGAAUCCAAGAUUGUAAAAGAGGGCUGGCUCUACAGAAAGAAUGGAUUGAUGCAAUGGAAGCCUGUUUAUGCAGUCGCCAAACACGGAAAUACUGUUAAGCCUGGAGGAUUGUAUUUGUAUAAGGAUAUCAAGUGCACAAAUCAUAUUCAAACCUAUGACAUGAGCGAGGUCCUUGAAGUAUCGCCUCGAGCUCAAGAUUACAAGCAAGGCAUCAAAUGGGAGAUUCGCAUGCUGGUAAAGCGGGAUGAUGUUAUCCUAGCUACAGACGACAUGCUGUCUCGAAAGGACUGGGUGGAUUCACUGACGUCAAUCAUGGGAAAGGUUUCCAUUGCUACACAAAACGAAUUGACAUCUCGUAUCCACUCUUCAGAGCAGAUGAACCGGGAUCUUCAAGGUGUUGCAGAGGAAUUAGAUAGCGAAAACCAGAAACUAAGAGAACAGCUCCAGACACUCAAAGACAGCAUUGCCAAAAAGGAACGUUUCUUCCAACAAGAACUGCUCAACCGUGAAAAUGAACUGAAAGAAUCCAUGGCAAAGAAGGAAAGAGCGUUUCAACAAGAGUUGCAAGACAGAGAAGAGGAACUAAACACUGAAAUGGACCGUCAAAGACAAGCUCUGGAGACCAAAUGCGAGAUCUUUGAACGUGAGGCUCUGCAGUGGAGAACCAAAUACAGCGAUUUGGAAAAGAAGAACAGCAGCAAUAUGAGAUCCGUGGAUCAUGACAAGAUGGAGUCGUUGGAGAUUGAAGUGCGCAAAUGGAGAAAUCGAGUGGAUGAAUUAGAACAUCAGCAAAAGCAAACAGAUUACAGAAAUAUCUCGAGAAAUCGCAGCAUGAACAGUGAUUCCUUUGAGGCCAAUGAUGCGCUGAAAGAAACCAUGUCAGACGUUAAAUUCAACUUGCAAGUGCUUCGAGAUCAAAUCAAGAAUUCUUCUGAGGGUCCACUUUUGGACAUCAAGUCAAGCGUCAACAAGCUCUGUGAUACACUGGAUGAUGCUAAGCUCGGCUGGAAUGACCUUCAAAGUGACAUUAUCAAGUUUUUGGAGACUGAAAGAGAUGAUGCUGAUAUGAAGGACGCCAAGCAAAAGCACAUGAUGGAGCUCUUGCGCAAUGAAUUUGUGGAUUUACGUCAGGAAUUGGUGGGAGUCUCUGCAGAGCAGGAUGACGAUGAAGAACAGCAAGCUGCCAAGUUACCUUCCCUCUCCGAAAAGUUUGAUAUCUUGAUCCAAAUGGUGGAAAAUGUGCAGAUCAGUCAAUCCCGUCUAUCAUCAUCCAUGAUGGAUAACAACUCUACUUCUUCAAGUGACAGUGGCAUGCCAUCCACCCCUCCUCUAUCGUAUGCUGACAAGGAUUCUGAUCUCUACAAGGCUGUCGCAUCGCAGCAAAAGCAGCUGUCAGAUUGGAUUGCAGAGUCAAGAGAAAUGCAAAACUCGACAUUGACUACAAUCGAAAACAACAUGCGCCAAAGCAGAUCUUUGCCCUCUGUUCCUUCUGAUAUUGGUCGUUUGCACGAAAAGAUCACUCAGACGAUCGAGACCGCCAUGUCUGAAAUCGCCAAAAAUCAGCAAGAAGGUCAAGAUGAACAAGGAAAGAACAUCAAGGUCAUUGGUAACUACUUGCAACUGAUCUCCAACGAUAUUCAAGAAAGCGCUAUUCCCGAUCUCUCUGCCUUGUCCCAGCAACUGGAAGAUGUGGUUGACCGACUCAACACCACAGAAGAGCGACUCUCAAUGCUGAAUGGAGUAUCCGUGUCGUCGAUGCAUCAUCAGCAAGAAGAUACCACGUCUUAUCGCAACAUGCCCCCAGCUUCCCCUUCAUCUGCAGCCAUGAGCGAUGACGACAAGCUAUCUCAACUGCACAGCUUUGUAAAGAACACGGAACGUUUCAUGGAGCGCUCACUUCGCAUUCUCAGUCAAUAUGGUAGCAAUCCCAACGGUAUGGAAGAAACCAUUCGUCGUGCUGUGAAAGGCGCUUCCAAGGCGCAUUCUGAAGAGCUUUUGGUGAUCCAGGAACAGAACAAGGAUGAAAGAGAAGUGAUCGAAAAGAAGAUGCAACGCUACGAGGAGAAUGCUCGCAAUUACUUUGAGAAAUCCAUGGAGAAGAUGCACACUGACCUCCAUGAAUUUACUGGUGUCAUGUAUGAAAUGCUUGAAAGGCUCGUUCUCAAGGCCCUGGAACACUCGUCUUCAUCUGGAGCUACCUCAUCCUUCAACAACGAAGAGGAGCAGCCACAGCAAAAAUCCAUCCAAAACGUAGUUGAGCUAUAUGGAAAGCUCUCCGGCCUGAAUCGAGUGCUCAAGGCAGAAAUUACUAGACUUUCACAAGAGAAAGAAGAGCUGGAAGCUACUGUAAAGUCAAUGAAGAGGACCAGCAAAGACCUGGAGAAGCAAAUCGACAAGCAAAAUCAGCAACUGCAAUCAGUCAAGUCAGAGUAUGAGCGAAUCCAACGCGAUGUCCAGAAAUCAAGACAAGAAGGCACGCAUGAUCUGAUAUCCAAGGAAUUGGAGCCAUUGAUGCAACAAAUUGCCAAGCUGAGAAAAAUGGCAGCUGUCAAUGAUGAACUUUCCGAAAACUUGAGCAGCCAUCGUGAAAAGGCUGCUCCAUCAAGAUCACCUUUACCCAGUCCCCGUUACAAUGCAGAGGAGGAAGGUGACAAGCAGCUCCGAUUCCCCACCAUGAACAUGCGCAGCAGAAGAAGCUCGUUUACAUCUCAGUUCUCUGACGAUAGCAAUAAUGAUAACAAGCGUUAUGAUCAACAAUCCACCAAGUCUCCAUUGAUUGGCAGCAGAGAUAAACCAAGAGGUAAAAGCCCAUUGGCAAGCUACCUGGAGCGAAGCAACAAACAGUAA